AUGUCAAAUGCCAAGGUAUUUGAGGAAUAUGAACUGGCGCGGCAAGGCCGAAGAGAUGCCGUUUUCGGGCUCAAGUGUGGGGUGACUCACGCCGAAGGUAUCCUGCAGAGGGUGUCCACCCGGGCCGCUGUGGAGUACCCGAUGGACCAAUGUCUCAAGCGAUUUAGUACCGUGAGCCAGGUUAAGUGCAACUCGCGAUCAUCAAGAGGUGGUUUCCCUCAUAACGAUGCUCCCACAAAUUUAUUUGCGUUAUAUGAGCUCCAUACACGACUUCCGCAUGGGUUCUUCAGGCUGCACCUAUCAACUCUAGCACCCGUAUUUGUUGGGGCAAGCUGCCGUUGGCAUGACAAGGCAGACUUGAUACCAACUGGCCGCAUAGGACACCCGCCCAGCCCCAGCCAAUGGUUGCAGUACAGCCCCCAUAAGCACGCAGAACCCAUAUACAUUGCAAUUCCUCCGGAUCAGCCAAGCUCCCACGGCCAGGUAUCACUUGCGAUGGCUGAAGCCCUCGGGCUAGCUUCAGGCGUCAUCGCUGUCGUCGACUUGACAGCAAAGGUCGCAGGAGCCUCGAUCAAGCUCAUCAACCUGUGGAAAGAGAUCAAACAUGUCCCAGAUGAGCUGCUUGAGAAGGCCGAGCGGCUCAGGGACUUUGAAGACUUUCUUCAGGAGACAGAGAGCCAGGCUGCCAACAGCCCCUUGCCCCAACGAGCUUGGAACAGCGCUCUCUUGCAAAAGUACAUCGCCAGAACCCGGUCUGUGUUGAAGGACCUCCAGGAGAUGGUCGAUCAGCUGUACACCCAGGUCACUGAUCGACGAAGGUUCAAGAGAAAGUUAUCGUCUACAAAGGCUGUUCUUCGAAAGCAAGACCUUACUGCUUUGGAUUCAAAGCUCAAUUUGGCGUUGGAGCUGUUUAGGCUGGCUCGCGAGCAGUAUUUGACAUCACUGAUGUCAUACUCUCUUAUGGUUCAAUUACAGCAGUCGUCUGAUAUUAAGUCUAUCCAGAUGUCCCCUGGACAAGUCGCUAGUCGAGGUCAAGCUGAGGACACCUCGGUUGACUGCGGCACGAACACCAACCAAUCCCUUGUUGUUAAAGCGCCAGCAAUGGCGAGCUUUUCCCACAGACGAACCAUGAUAGGCAGAAUCGGCCUAUCUUGGAAAUCAGACGUCGGCUACAAACUGCACGCGCAGCCACCAAGUUGGCUUACGGGAUCAGUAUAUUCCGUCCUGGCGCAGAGAAGCUUAUGGGGCUGGCAACUGAGCCUCAGAUCUUACGGAGUCGUGGAAAACCUUGACCGCGAAUUCUACACAGACAUCUGGAAUGAUGACUGUCCUGCAUUGUUCAAACGAUUGCAUGAUCAAACUAUGUCACCGUUCGUUCGAGUGGGGAAUGGAUUAACUUUGCUUGAGGUAUGCUUCUUGCUUGCUUUCAUCCUUCUGAUUGAGACGAAGAUUCUGACCCGACAUUCUUGGCAGUUUGCGUUUCAACAGGGUUCUUUGAGUAUAGUCAAAAAGCUACUAGAGUGCGGUCUAGGAUCGUGUGUGCUAGAGUCUUCAAGAUACAAUAAAAGCUAUCCAUGGGUUUUCGACUCGUUGGCAUGCCUCUGGUUUAAUAAGAAAAGGGCCCUGAAAGUUUUGACAUCUAUUCCGAAACGGUCUCAGCGAUCACAGGGUUUCGAGUUUUGUUGGAAUAUGCGGUCUGCAUGGCCCCAGAUGUCCGCCGGGCUGCUAAGUCGUACGCGAUCGACCGAGAACCGAUGUCACAGAUACAAUGGUGCGGACUUCUCAGAACCUGCCUCCAACUUGACCCCGCUGGUCUUUAUCAUCUUGAAGAAGCCGAAACCCCCUAUUACGCAAUCGCCAGAAUUCGAACCCCGUUCUCAUUUCUACUUGAAUAUCCCCCGCAUUUUGGUAAUGUCAGCUUGGCUGGAUGUUUUGACAUUGAAUGGAACUGAUCUCUUAGAAUAUGGGCGCAAAGAAAGACGGCUUCAUGAUGAAGGCCUGAUACUUCAGCAUACGUGUUACAAGCCUUCUCACAUGUCGCCUGGGCAACGUCUACUUGGUAUUACUUAUGGAAAAUCGAAAGAUGAUUGGAGGUUUUGGUGGGUUGCCGAAUAUGAGCAUUAUGUAGGCGACUUUUGGGAAAUGGUUCAUCAGGUGGAUCUGGACGUGAAAGUCCCUGGCAGCUGGAUAGACGAGUGCGAUUAUGAUCAUUACAGUCCCUAUCGGGAGGAGAGACCAAGAGGGGAAUGGUUCUUGAAGGAGCACAUGCCGUUGAUAUGGUCUGAACAUCAAAUCACAUGGCACGGCAUACACCUGAGAGAGCUAAAUGCUACCAUCGUUGUCUAUUGGACAAUUUUCAAGUUCAGAGAACGCUUCGGCCUAGUUCGCUUCUGCAUCACACGUUUCAGGCUCUCCUUUUCGUAUCCUGUUGGUUGGGUCUUGAGCCCGGCCGGUUUGCCGCCGAGGCAGCAGGGCCGUCCCGCACCCGUCACUGUGCCGCAGGGCUAUGGCAGAGGCGUAGGAUGGGAGCCCUCUCGAUCCCCUGGUCUCGGGCUUUCCAUUCUUCAUGUGUCCUUCGUCUUUCGUGUCAUCCUUACUUGCAGCUGUCAAUAUUUGCAUAGAUGGGAAAUUCCCCAGGCCAUUGGUGCUGCUGCCAGCGGCAUAGCCCUGGGCCAGCUGUGCAUAGGCAUCUCCAAGGCCGUCCACCUCUGGCACUCGAUCGAAGAUCUCCCCGUAGACAUCCAAGAUGCCGUCGACCGCCUCGAAGCCUUGGGUCCCGUCCUGGAAGACAUGUUCACCAUGAUCUCUAGCUCCGAAGACGACUACGGCGGUCCGGAUCCGAGUCUCCAAGUACCGGCUCGGCACGCGAGGGCAUGCAUUGCAUACGCCACCAAGGCGCACCACGCGCUCAAGGAUAUGGUCGAGAAGCUAAAGACUGCUACGCAUAAACCACUGAAAGCGAGUCUUCAUGGCCGUGCGAAACGGAAGAUGAGACUUGCGUGGGCUGGGUUGAAGCGUGAUGAUGUGGUCAAGCUGGAACGGAGGCUGGAUUCGGCUGUUGGGAUGGUUCUUAUGUGUGUUGGGUCUUACGAGAGGUUAGUCAACGGCGGCUGGAAGAAGUCGGAUUCGAGAUCCGAGAACAUUUGCUCACUUUCUUCCUAUUACAGGGCGAUGAUACAAGCAUCUCAUGAUAGAAUAGCCGAAAAUAUGGCCGCGAAGGUAGUGAAAAGUCAGAGGAAGCUACAUGAGGCGAGCGAGGAGAGAAUUGCGCAAAAGGUAUCGCACGAUGUGUCGGAACAACUAGAGAGAUUGGCGAAACAACUUCAAGCGCCGGAAAAUAGCCGCGAGAAAGAGGAAGAAAGUCCAAAGUAUGUCAUUGUCAGGUCAAAAGCGGCCUGGAUGGGAGCGAAACUACCGUCGUAUCAACCCACUGCGAGGGGCCAGCUCGCGACCGUUUGCUCGAGAGAACAGAGCGAAUGGGGCCUAUCUGUCCAGUUCCCAGCUUGGAUAUCCCGAGCUGUGUGGCAGAUACAGAUCAGUUGGAGUAUGACUGGCGGGUGGCAGCAGAGUCUGCGCUCAUUCAGCGUCAGGCCGACAGAUAGCAACAUCUUUGUGGCCGUGGGGAGGGGCAAUGUGACAAGCAUGAUGGCCAUGUUCAGUAAAGGGGACGCAUCGCCGCUCGAUAGAGACGAAAACGGCGGGUCUCUACUAUAUGUUAGUUCUGAAGCCCCUGCCUUGAACGUCCUUUGGAAAGUUAACGUUGCGUUGCAGUAUGCUACUUUCAGAGAGCAAGUCGAAGUAUGCAGAACGCUUCUAGACCUUGGCCUCGAAGAUCUUAUAGAUGAUGGUGGCGGGUCAAACAACUUAGACAGAAGUCCGCUCGGGAGUUUGGUCGAGUCCCGUAGAAACUUAGCAUACCAGUCCAACGACAACCAUCUCAGUCUCGUUUCUCUUUUUCAGUCCCGCAGCGCUAACGUACCGACCCUCAACAUAGAGCGUAUGUUUGACUUCAACAACGAAAACUCCUAUAGCGACGACUGGCUGCGCAUCUUCCAGAAUAAGUUUCUCCCGGGCUAUCACCAACUUCCGUUGCGAGACCGCGCAGAGGCCGUUCGAUUGGGAGCGUUCAUAGUGUUUAGCCUUGAUACCUACAGGCACCUGCUGAGAGAAGACGAAAGAGUGCUUACAACAGCGGAGGAGAUUAGCGGCUCGGCGGAGGUCGGAUUUUCACUAGUCCACUCUGACGCCAUCGCCAUGGGGAAAAGGUUUGCGGACGAGAUGUCUUACGGCGAGCAUCUUCGUUGUGAGGAAGAGAACGACCAAGCAUCAGAGGAUGAAGAUGACGAAGAAGAAUCUAAGGAAAAGAGGAGAAGGCCCAUGCCUCGUUUCCACCCGUACAACGACACAUGGAGACACUCGGUCAGCGAGACUCUCAGAGCCGCGGAUCGAAUGCACUUGCACAGAGUUGAGACCAUCGUUCCUUGGGACGGGUACCGGGUUCCAGUCUGGACAGGCACGCCGUUACUCUCAGUCAUCGGCGGGACCCUCUGCCGCAUCUCGCCCAUAGUUCCAUGGGAUGAGUGGGACGAUGUCUUUCGAAGGGUCUUACGACAGUGGCUGAGGGCCAUACGAGACGCCGGCAUCGAUCUGUUACAAUACGGUAUAGAUGAGAUGCGAACGCUGGAUUCCGCCACCGCUGCUGACCUUAGAGGGGCGUUUGGCGCCGAAGCCAUUGUGGCCUCGCGAAGACAUGUGCGCAACCCACUCAAGAGGAGAGAGUCGUGGAUGAGAGCGGCAGACCGAGAGCAUUCGGGGAAUGAUCUUUACUGGAUUCCCGUGCGCGUUAUCGGCUUGAGUUAUGGGUCGCGACUCGACGACUGGAGGCUUUGGUGGGCGACAGAGUUCGAAGCAUUCGCUGCCGAUUUCUGGGCUCUUGUUGAUCGGCCGAGACCAGUCAUGCCAGGCAGCUGGGGUGGAGAAACCUACCCCUCGCCGGCCCCUCAGGAGCUGAUUGCCGUUGCCCGUGGAGGUAGGCACGAAGCUCGCUGGAGCUACCAUGACCUUGUCCAAAGAUCUCUUGUUCUUACGCUUUACGAAGGUUCGCUCGCUCGUAGCUCUCAGCAGACAUCACAUCGCAAUAUGGAGUCGGGAGAAGCAGACAUCCGCUCUCCUGGCAAGGCAGGCUCCUGGUACUUAGGCGAUCCCAAGGAACUCAGGGAGCAUCUCGAUGGAUUUCUUUCCGAUGUGCCCGAUCAAAUCGACGGAACCGAACUACCGGUCCCUGGCGCUCGAGUCAUCAUUGCCCCCCACGCCGGGUACGAUUACUCAGGUGCCACGGCAGCCUGGGCCUACAAGGCCCUCGACCUCAGCAAAGCGAAACGCGUAUUCAUUCUCGGGCCCUCUCAUACCUUCUACUUAGUAGGCUGCGCUGUCAGCGAGUAUGAGAAGUAUGGUACACCUUGGGGGAGCCUCAAAGUGGACGAGAAGGUCACAUCUCAACUCUUCGAAGACCUUGAAAUCCCUGCGAUUCCGAGAAAAUAUGACAACGCGGAACACUCGUUGGAGAUGCACCUGCCGUACCUCUGGAUCCGGCUGGAACAAACCUUUGGCUCGCCCGAGAACUUUCCGCCCGUCGUACCGAUCCUGAUCGGCGACAACAACAAGGCAGAAGAGAAGGAGGUGGGCAAGUGGCUUGCCGAGUACGUCAAGGACCCGGAGAACGCAUUCAUCGUCAGCUCAGACUUUUGUCACUGGGGCUGGCGUUUCGAUUAUCAGCCCUACUGCCCGGACGGGACACUCAACAGCAAGAAGAAGCUCUCCAGAUUCGACCCCAGGCCCGACGGGCCGCCCAUUCACGAGACAAUCAAGAUGGUGGAUGACUUGGCGAUCGAGGCUAUCAAGACCGGAAAGCACAGCGAAUUCUGUGAUAGCAUCAAGCAGACCAAGAAUACAGUGUGCGGAAGGCACCCGAUCGGGGUGACAAUGGCGGCACUUGAGGAAUUGGGCGACCACCGGUUCACGUUCAUCCAAUACAACCGUAGCGAAUUGAUCCAGCGGCCAGGAGACAGUAGCGCUCUGUUCUGUAUCGACUACAUGGGUAGUAGCUGGACGAAAGGUCGGAAGAUUCGGGCGUGA